AGCCAAGCAACAUAUGAUUUUUAUUUUGAGUUGUCAAGUUGCAUAAACACGACGCAGUUGAAAUUUUUCAGUAAAUAUCGGAAGUGAGUGAGGAAUUUCACAACAAGUUCUAAUUAAUUGUUCUUAUUUGAAAUUUAUUAUAAAUUCGAUUGUAAAAAUGUCUUUGGCACGUGUUAAUGUUUCACGUUUAUUGUUUUCGCAAAUAAAACGUGCACAGAGCGUACCAGCGCGUCUCUAUCAUGAAAAUGUGGUUGAACACUACGAGAAUCCACGUAAUGUUGGCUCACUUGACAAAAAGGAUACCAGCGUUGGUACUGGCUUAGUGGGUGCUCCGGCCUGCGGUGAUGUUAUGAAGCUGCAAAUCAAGGUUGACGAAAAUGGUAAAAUUAUUGAUGCCAAAUUCAAGACAUUUGGUUGCGGUUCUGCUAUUGCCAGCAGCUCCUUGGCCACAGAAUGGGUGAAGGGAAAAACUAUUGAUGAGGCUGGCAAGCUAAGGAAUACCGAUAUUGCCAAGGAAUUGCGCUUGCCCCCUGUUAAAUUGCAUUGCUCCAUGUUGGCUGAAGACGCUAUUAAGGCUGCUUUGGCUGACUACAAAGUCAAACAACAAAGCAAGAAGGAACAGUAAACUGUUGGAAGCUCGAAGUCGCUGUGCACUUUGUUGCUUCAAUAGUUUUUUUUUGUUAAUUUUAGUUUACAUACAAGGAGGGUACAAAUAUGCAGGAAAUAUAUUAUAAAGUUUAAGACGGCAGGUUAUUUAUAAAGAAUUUGCUGACACCUUACAUAUUCGGCGAUGCGGCAAAAUUUUAGUAUUCAAAUAAAAUAUUGGCUCUUGGCUUAUAACUUUUAACUAUAUAUUUGCGAAACAAUACUUACUCAUAUAUUAUUAAAUCAAAAAAGCAAAAUAGAUUGUAGAGAAAAUUGGUAUGUAUGAACGAACUAUGCAAUUAGAAUAUAUGUCUACUAACGACUAAAAUGUGAAACUAAAAA